AUGUUCUCACUCUGCUUUGGGAAACAUCCUGGACCAGGGUUAAGGACAAAGAGAGUGACGGACCUGCUCUCGCUGACUCCGCCCCCGUUCCUCCUGGUCCUGGCCGCGUCCCUGGUCCUGGACCUCACCAGCAGCCAGAAGAGCGACCCUUUAAAACACCCCAUCGUCACCACCAACUACGGCAAAAUCAGGGGGAUCAAGAAGGACCUGAACAACGAGAUCCUGGGCCCGGUGGAGCAGUACCUGGGAGUCCCCUACGCCACGGCGCCCAUCGGGGACAGGAGGUUCCAGCCCCCCGAGGCCCCCGGGUCGUGGCAGGAGAUCCGGAACACCACCCAGUUCGCUCCGGUCUGUCCCCAGAACGUCCACGGGGUCCUGCCGGAGAUCAUGCUCCCGGUCUGGUUCACCGACAACCUGGACGUGGCGGCGAACUUCAUCCAGAACCAGAGCGAGGACUGCCUCUACCUCAACGUCUACGUGCCCACGGAAGACGGUCCGAUCACAAAAACACAGGCCGAGUCCUCCACCAACAAGCCGCGGGACCAAGGAUUUGAGAUUUGGGAGAGCCCCGAGGACGCUGCUCUGAUCAAACGAGAGCAGACGAGUUGGAGGCGAGAAAACGGAAAGAACCGACCGAACUGGAAGAAGAAGGUUUAG